GUCUGUGCGUGGCUCUUGCUCGCUGGGGGUGGGCAGGAAGGCGGCGAGAUCCCCGGGUGGCAGCAGAGCUGGGCUCAGCGAUGCUUGGGUCUCUGCCACCGACUGACCGUGCAGCCUCGGUCACAUCCCUUCCCCUCCCAGAGGUACUUUCCCCUCGGCCUGCACGCUGCAUAAUGUGCUUGGAGCUGCACCUUGGGGGGCCGUGGUGGCCCGACCGUGGCAGGGGGCUCCAUCCACUUGCUCUCCUGGUGAGGACACACCGGGUGCGGGCACGGGUGCCAGCAGCAGCACGCGUCCCCGGCCAGCAGCAGCACGCAGGGCCACCAACGCCAGCGCCGUGCGGGCUGGCCCCAGGCUCCUCGGUGGGCACGGGCUGGUGGGGGCCCAUCAUGGUCCGUGGGGACGCUCGUCCUCACCCUGCUGGCGGUGCUGGUCGCGGUCGCAGUGGCGGCGGUGGCGGUGUCACCGGUGGCAGUGUCACCGGUGGCGCUGGCAGCGGCGGCUCCUCGGGGAGGGCCGGCGGGGGAGGCGCUCGGUGGAUCCGCCAUUGGCGCCGGCCGUGCCGUGGUUUCCUGCCGAAAUCACAUGGCUCUCGCGUUUCCAUGGAGAGUGGCCGGGGUGGGCGCUGCCAAGCGCCUGUGAGCCUUCCCUGCCUGCUCCCCGUCCAUGGGAGAGGAACAAAGGCGAUGCACCCAGCCAGGCCUGCUCUCGCCACCCGCGCCGUCCCCUGCCUCUCCUGGGACAUGGAGGCCCUCCAGGUCACACUCAACGAUGUCGCUGUCUGCGCGCCCGCAGCGCCGAGUCCUCGUCGCCAAGAUCAAUAGGAGCCAGUCGUUCGCCGGAGUGAACUCGACAGCGGACCGGCCCUUCAGGAACCUCUCGCCCUUCACGCCCACCGUCUCCCGCAAGACUGGCUCCAGGGUCAGUAGGAUGUUCUCAAUGUCCCACAAAUCCCCACCACCCAAGGUGCCUCAGCCCAACCGCCUGGAUGAGGUGUACGAAGCGCUCAAGAAGGGCUUGACAGCCUACCUGGAGGUACACCAGCUGGAACUGGAGAAGCUCAGCACCCAGAUCCGCGAGUCCAAGAGGAAUUCACGCCUGGGCUUCCUCUACGAUCUGGAUAAGCAAGUGAAGUCAAUUGAGCGCUUCCUGCGUCGCCUGGAAUUUCAUGCUAGUAAGAUCGACGAGCUCUACGAAGCCUACUGCAUCCAGCGGCGGCUCCGCGAUGGGGCCCACAACAUGGUCAAGGCUUACAGCACGGGCUCACCGGGCAGCCGAGAGGCACGCGAGAGCCUCGCUGAGGCCAGCAAGGGCUACAAGGAGUACACGGAGAACAUGUGCCUGCUGGAGAGCGAGCUGGAGAGCCAGCUGGGCGAGUUCCACGUCCGGAUGAAAGGGCUGGCAGGUUUCGCCCGGCUCUGCGCUGGCGACCAGUACGAGAUCUUCAUGAAGUACGGGCGGCAGCGGUGGAAGCUGCGUGGGCGCAUCGAGGUGAACAGCAAGCAGGUGUGGGACAGCGAGGAGAUGGUUUUCUUGCCUCUCAUCACCGAGUUCCUCUCCAUCAAGGUGACGGAGCUAAAGAGCCUGGCCAACCAUGUGGUGGUGGGCAACGUGUCCUGUGAGACCAAGGACCUCUUUGCAGCUCUCCCCCAGGUGGUGGCUGUGGAUAUCAACGACUUGGGUACCCUCAAACUCAGCCUGGAGGUGACCUGGAACCCCUUCGACAAGGAUGACCAGCCCUCGGCAGCCAGCAGUGUCAACAAGGCCUCCACGGUGAACAAGCGCUUCUCCACCUACAACCAGAGCCCGCCUGACACGCCGUCCCUACGGGAGCAGGCUUUCUACAACAUGCUGCGGCGCCAGGAGGAGCUGGAGAACGGCACAGCCUGGUCCAUCUCCUCCGAGUCGUCGGACGACUCCUCGAGCCCCCAGCUGUCGGGCAGCGCCCGCCACGCCGCCAAGCCCAUCGUGCAGCCCGAGGUGCAGGCCUCGGCCCCCGCCAUCGAGAUCGCCUUCUCCCAGCAGCAGGAGGAGGCCGGGGCCAGCGGCAGCGUCCCUGCCGGGCCGGCUCUGCCGGGGCACCCGGAGGAGCAGGGCGGCCGCAAGAAGGACCCGGUGGCCAACGGGCACGUGCCCUACGCCCGGACUCUCAGCCACAUCAGUGAAGCCAGUGUGGACGCGAGCAUGGAGGCCAAGGCUGUGGAGAGCCUGUGGGAGCCCUCUCCCAGCCCAGAGGACCCCAGUGCGGGCGAGCCGGAUGCGGACUCCCUCCCUGGCGCCUCAAACUCGGUGCCAGAGGCCUGGGCAGAACAGGACAAUGGCCCCGAGGCCAAGCCCCGUGCUGUGGUGGCGUGGGCUGAGACUUGUGAGAUGGAGGCUGAGCCAGUGGCAAGCUCGGCACCCAGCCCGGCACUGGCACAGGAGGUUUGCGGCAGCGAGGCCCCCGCGCCGGCCGCGGUGCUGGCACAGGCCCCCGCCGAAGAGGAGCCCGUCCUCGCCCCACACUUGGCCGCCAGCCCCCCAGCAGUACCACGGGUGAAGGCCGUGGACUCAGGGCUGGAGGAGGCCAUCAGCCUCCUGGCCUCAGCCCUGGAUGACUAUCGGGGACAGUUCCCAGAGCUGCAGCCCCUGGAACGGGAGCUCAAACACCUGGAAGAGAUCCUGCUGGUGAGGAGGCUCAGGAGUCCACACAGUAGUUGGGGACAAGGGGCAAGGAUGGUGGGGCCAUCCCUGAUGGCAGUGAACAGGGACAAGGGUGGUGGGGCCAUCCCUGAUGGCAGUGGCCAGGGACAAGGGUGGUGGGGCCACUUUGGCUGCCUUGCCAAGACCUGUCCGUGCCAAGACCCAUCCAUGCCAUCCCUUCCUCCACAGCACAAGCAGGGUGUGUUCCUCAGCCGGGCCUCAAGCAUCAGCCUCACAGUGGAGCACGCUCUGGAGAGCUUCAGCUUCCUCAACACCUCGGACAUGGAGGACUCAGAGGGCUCCGAGGAGGAUGCUCUCCAUGACGAGAGGAGGGCCAGCAGAGCCCGGCGUGGGAGCAGGGCCCCCAGCGCUGGUGAGGUGGGAGCAGAUGACGCAGGGACAUGCAGUGGCUCCGAAGGCAGUGCUGACCCCAUGAGCACUGGCAACGAGUUCCUGGAUAAGGCCCUGGUGCUUCACCUCCACAACUGCAACCGCCUGCUGCUGAAGCUGGGCACCUUUGGGCCCCUGCGGUGCCACGAGAUGUACGCCCUGGACAGGCUGCUGCGGGAGGCGCAGGUGCUGGAGAUCGUGUGCCAGCUGAUGGAGGAGCGAUUGGAAGCAGCCUGCUCUGCUGCCGGAGUGGUGCAGUUCUCGACGCGGAAGGAAGGGGUGCUGCCCCUUUGGGACCGCUGCGUGGAGCUGCCCAACGUCUACACCUGCCCCGUGGAGCGGUUCCUGCAGGUGCUCAGCGCCCAGUAUGCAGCACCCAUCAACGAGCGGCACCCAGGACUGGCUGAUGCAGUGUGUGUGAAGCUGGUGGAGGAUGUGCUGAAUCGGCGGCUGCCCCGGCGGCCCGGCGGCACCCAAGGCGAGCAGGUCACCGUCUUCCAGUACUGGAGCCACUUUGAGUCCCUUGGUGCCCUGGUGCUUGACACCUACGUGAUGGAGCUGGCGGAGGAAGUGCUGCUGGCGCAGAACCUCAACUCAGACGACCAGGACGUGGUGCUUCGGGCGCUGAAGCGUGUGCCCGAGGGCCGCCUGAAGAAGGAAGGGCUGAAGGCGCUGAGCCUGCUCCUCGUGGAGGGCAACAGCAAGGUGGUGAGCGCCGUGUCGGCCCAGCUCCGCAGCCUGGCGGAAAACCCCCGCUUCCGCCAGCGGGCCCUUGUGUGCUACCUGGACCAGCUGGAGGAUGAGGAGGUGCAGACGCGCGUGGCCGGGUGCGCGGCGCUGGGCUGCCUCAAGGCCAAGGAGAGCAUUGAGCAGCUGGUUUACCUGUGCCAAACCGACAAGGAGCCCGUGCGGGAGGCAGCCAAGCAGAGCCUGAUGCUGUGUGGGGAAGAUGGCAAAUCAGCUCACCGGCGGCUGGAGGAGACCCUGGACAGCCUCCCGAGGAUCUUCGCGCCAGCCAGCAUGGCCAGUACAGCUUUCUGAGACGCCGCACGAAGCCACCCGCCAUCCCUCGAGGGCAAAGGCACCGCUGGGCUACCUGGGCUUGCACGGACUGGGCCCAGCCAGGAGCCAGCAGCCCCCAGCUCGCGGCAGCACAGCGCAGUAUUACCCCCGCCGGCAGCUGGCCGCGGCCGCACACUGCCUUACGGAGCACCGCUUCCCCUGCCCCCAGACACUAGCCAUGCGGGGUGCCACGUACGCACCCCCAGGCGAGGAGGGGGGGAGCUCGCCGCACGUCCCACCCUUCUAUUGCUAUUUAAAAUACACGGGGAAAACCGCCCUUCCUGCCCCACCGCCGGGAUCGGAGCGGCAGGGAGACGUACUGGAUUUCUCUGCCUCCUGCCUUCCUGUCGCGUGAGGGCACGUGCCCUUCCCCGGAAGGACCUGCACUUUGGAAACGACGCCGUUUCUUUCCAGGAGUCGCCUGGGCUGUGGGGACUGCUGCCCUUUGCCGCCUGGAAGUCCCCAGGACUUAAAUAAAAUGAAAUAUGAGAUAUUAAUAUAUUCUGCUGGCGUUUCUUCUUUCCAGCUCCACGUGCUCCUGUCCCUCCCCAGUGGUGGCUGCAGGGAGUGUAGCGAGAUAACGGCCCCAGCCCAGAGCCCUUCCUGCCCUGCUGGGAAGCGCUGUGGAGGGCAGGGGCAGGAGGAGUGACAGAGGGACAGACAGACGGACGGACGGAAGCUGCCACCUUUUUUUUGGUUUUAUUUUAUUUUUUAUUUACAGAUUUUUGCAGAAAAACGAAAGCAAAAAAUUCUUUUUCUAUAAUGUCUCUAUAAAUCUAUAUAUAAUGUAAUUACAGAGAAUGACUAAUUUUGAUUUUAAACCAGAAAUAAAAACAAACCUUUAAUGAG